GUGCAGUCAAAGGCAGUCGAGCUGCUCUGUUUAUUAGCACCCGUCCACUUAUCUAGAUUCCUGACAUUGUAGGAUGGACUGCUGCUAGCCGUCCUUAUCGUCGUAGCUUCACAGGACGCUUUCCUAACAUUGUGCAUUUUCCCUCAACAGAGCUCUGCUACAAUGGAGACCUUUGAAGAGGUAACCGAUACCACUUUUGGAACUUACGCAUGCAUGAUACUGGAGCCUGUUCUUUGGUUCUGUGGAAGCAGCGACACCAACAUGCCGCAUCGGCUUUGGAGAGAUUCUUCGAUCGACGAACUACCGACACCAAGGUCGUAUUCACCGGCGGACGCCACAUGCACCUGCACAUGGGCGUCCUUCGCGCUGCUUCUGGAUAUUUUGCUAGCUUAGCAGAUUUCAAGGAAUGGCAACAUGCUGAGGAGAUCAGGAAGCACGGCAGCACAGCCACUCGUCGUUCGCGUAACACCUCCAUCACUUACGAGGUCAAGGCGGAAGACAUCACGGACGAGCCGGACCUUCUCCGCCGCCUUUUCCUCUAUUCAUACACUCAUCGACUCGCGGACUUGGAUCUCACAGUGGAGAACGCAUUCUGCUUCGUCAAACUGGACGACUUUCUAGCCCUCAACGAAGGACUGGACCUUAAAUUCUUCAUCACCAAAUGUCUUUCUGACCACGCAAAAGCCUCCAGGAAGGAAUUUGCCUCCAAACUAGUCGACUCUUUCGAGCGCUCGGAGGUCCAAGCUGACCUUAUGCUCGCCAUCUCCAAGCCCCUGAUCUUCCUGGAAUCAAAGGAAUUCGACGCCUACCCUGAAAGUCUCGAACCUCGAUGCCUGGACGUGUUCGAAGUCCCCACCCUCUGUCUCCCGGUCUUGUGGGUUCUCAUGGCCAACAAGCACGGCUUGAAGUAUGAUGCGCUGCAGAUUCGUAUGGAGAUUCGAAACGCGAUCGGGGAGAAUGUCAAGCUUUACCUGACGGAGCCGGCUUCGAAGUGGUUUGGGUACCCAUCCGAGGGAUUCAACGAGGCGUUUGACCUUUUAUACGGCUCGGUGGAAGUAGGUGGAGACAUAAUCAUUUAGAUAGCGGCCACGAGGAGGAAGGGGAGGGCUAGCUGUUUCUGUCGGAGGAAUACCUGAGUCGAUGAGGGGGGAGUGAAAGUAGAUCCUUUUCUGUCUUGCCCUAGUAGUAGGAUAGGUUCGGCGGGGAUUUGUUUGCAAUGGUUGUGGCAUCGUUGUGUCCCAAUUCGAGGACUCUUAUUUUUAUCAUGUGUAUUUAUGAGAAAAGAGUUUCUGGUGAAUUUCAA